GGACUGUGGGUGAGGCUCACUUGGAUCCAAAACCCACUGGAGCAAAGACUGAUUAGAGAAACAAGACAAAGUUCUGGGGCUACAGCUCAAACAGGACUAAAACACUUACCAAACUCAGCAGGACGAAAAGGAAUACUUAGCCAUAAAAGGACCAUCAAGGAUUCCUUCCAACACAGCAAGACUGCUGUAAGCUGUGACAGAAGCCAUAAGGAUUAAUCUUUUUUUCCUUUUGGAGGACUGUUUCAGUGGGUUGCACGCUGCAGGAAAGCUACAGAAGUACAGGACGAGGUCUCAUUAUCACUGACAGGGCAUUUUAGAGAGAAACACAGUGAAGUUGUUGCUGCAGUGGAUACAGUGCUGAGUUAUCGACAGAAGUGCCAGUAAUGUCAGGCAGAGUGGUUCCUGCCCUUCUCUUAUCUUUGUGUCUGACUGUGAGUUCAGUGCAGAGCCAGGGUUCCUCCCAGGAUGCCUUUAUAAUCCAGUACCUGGAGAGGAGGUUGGUUCAGAUGGAGGAACGUCUGAAUCAGUGUGAGCAAAACACAAUGAGUGCCACCCAGAAGACCUAUGACCUCUCCUCUGAGAUCAGGGGUUAUCUGUCCUCUCUUAGUGUUCUGAGAUCAGAGGUGAAGAACCAGAUGGACAGUGUGUCUGUGCGUGUAGACCGGAUGGAGAGAGAGUUGGAGUAUCUAGAGAACAAGAUCCCCACCCAGUCCAACAUCGAGAUGGAGGAGGCUCUUCUGGAACAACAGAUAAAGGCUGCAGAACUGGACCAGUUAAAGAAGAAGGCCAAGAUCAAGGUGGAUAAUGACUGCAGCACAGCCCUAAGUCAAAUCAAGUCUCUCAAGAUUGUGAAGAAGGCGGGAGACACCUUCGGCUCCUGGUUCAGGGAUCCAUCAGAAGGCUCAGCUAAGGUCUACCUGCUCAGUGGAAUUCGCAACAACACUCUGCUGGAGUAUGUCUCUCUGCAAAGUUUCACAGAGAGGACCACCGCUCCCCCAGCUAAGGUGGUGCAGCUGCCUUUCCAGUGGCAGGGGACAGGCCAUGUUGUCUACAAUGGAUUCCUCUACUACCACAAGGCAGAUACACCCAACCAGAUCCUGAAGGUAGACCUGUUGAAUGGUACAGUGGUGGAUAGCACACUUCUUCCAGGAGCAGGUCGCCUCCCAGUCUACAGUCUGAACACCAACACCUAUCUGGACCUGGCUGUGGAUGAACUCGGCCUCUGGGUCAUCCACGCUGACCCUGAGUAUGGAGGAAACCUUGUCAUUACCAAACUGGAUAAAGGAACUUUGGCAGUAGAAUAUACUUGGGAUACACAAUGUAGAAGUCGUGAUGCUGAAGGAGCGUUCCUAAUAUGUGGGACCCUCUAUGUGGUCUACAACACACGCUACGGAGGACGUUCCACCAUACAGUGUCUCUACGACAUCCACGACACCAUCCACAGCGAUGAGAGUCCUGUGAUGUUCUUCCCGAAGCGUUACACCAGCCACAGCAGCAUCCACUACCACCCCGGAGAGAAACAGCUGUAUGCCUGGGAUGAUGGCUACCAGACGAUAUACAAAGUGGAGACACGCAGAAGUGACCAAGUCAUUACAGAAUGAAGAGAACCUACAGUGCUCAUCUUUUAAAACACUUGCUUUUUCACUCCAAAAAUUAUUAUUAGCAUCAGUUUUUAGGAAAAUUAUUGUCUGAAGAGUAGCUUAUAAUUUACUGAUUUUUAGUAUAGUGAUCCUUUGCUGGCAAUGGACGCUGCCUUUAUCAGUGGUAAUCAUUCUAAACAUAAAGAUCAUGUCCACCCAAAGGCUUUCAUGCAUAGACUUUAUACUUUGUAUCACAAUAAUAAAGAGCAUU